AGCCGCCGCCGGGGGAGACGAGCUCAAGCCCCCGCCCCCGGAGCUCUUCAUGGCGUCUCACCAGCAGACCAGGAUCCAAGCCUACCUGGAGAAGAAUAAGAUCGGUCCCCUUUUCGAGGAGUUGAUGACCAAGCUGAUAACGGAGACACCUGACCAGCCAAUCCCAUUUCUAAUUGAUCAUCUUCAGUCCAAGCAGGGAAACCGUGGUCAGCUUCAGAGGACAUUGUCUGGCUCUGCUGCCCUCUGGGCAGAGAGUGAAACAUCAGAAAAUAAAGGAACAAGAAGAGAUUUUAGAAAUUAUGAUAAGCCUUGGCAGGUAAAUGCAAAAAAGCCUAAAAAGUCAAAGAGUGACCUCGCUGUGUCCAACAUUUCUCCACCAUCACCGGAGUCCAAGUCAUUGCCAAGGUCAAUAGAGCAUCCUAAGUGGGAUUGGAAGACAAAACCGGAGAACCAUGAUUUUGAUGAACUAAAUCAUAUUCUUCAAGAGAGCAAAAAGCUUGGAAAAGCCCUUGAGAAUCUGUCUCGCAGCAUUGCUAUUUCUGAUGAACUCGAUAAGGACACAGCAGGUUUUAACACUCCCCUUCUCAGACCUCGUGUGAUUGGCGAAUGGAUUGGCCGUGAAGAGAAUGAUGCAGACCCUCUGGCUGCUGAGAUGCUGCAGCCACCAAUACCAAGAAAUAAAAAUGAGCAGUGGGACAGCGAGGAUAGCAGCAGUCCUGGAGGAAGCUUAAAAAUGGAGCCAAAGACCAAAGGAUUAAAACAUCAACAGCAGCAACACAAGAAACUGCUGGCUGCCAUGCUUUCUCAGGACUCCUUUGAUUCUGCUCAAAGCACAGCUCCAUCUGUAACCGAAGAAGACAUUGACAAUGAAGAUGAUGCAAUGGAACUACUGGAGGAUCUUGAUGAUCUCAGAAUGGAAGGAGUAACGAGUGUGGUGUCUUCUGGGAGCAAAUUCAAUCAAAGUCGAAGUGCUCAUACGGCUGAGCCUCAAGCAAAGGUCACAUUGAAUAUAUGUGCAAGAUGUGCCAGAUUGCAAGGAGAUAAUUUGGCAGAAAGGCCAGAAGAUGUCUCCAUGGUACCUCAGACAUCUGAGCCAGCAGUGUCAGACUCUGAUGCUCAAGUACCUGGGGUUGAAACAGUCACAGAAGAUAUUAAUGAGUUUCAGAGUGCUUCUCAAGUGGCAUCAUCCUCUCAGACAGUUUGGACCUUGGAUGCCGUGACUGUCAGACCUGGAGGUUCCCCAAGGCAGAAACUCCUAAAGGACUCCUUAGCUGCAAAAGAACUUCAGACCAUGGAAAAACACCUAGCUGACAUUGAGAAGGACCUCGCACUGUGGGAAGAAGCAAGGCUCUCUAGAAGCCCUGGUGUCCAGCAUCCCAGUGCAGUUACAUCUGACCAUCAAGGCACUCUUCAGGCUGCACAGGGCCAAACCCCAAGGCCUCAGGUGCCAACUGCGACAGGGAAGAGCAUUCAGCUCCAAGGAAACAAAUCACCACCGCUGCCCACUAACAGCAGAACACAGGUCUCCAGUGUCACAAGCAGCAGUGCACAGACCAACAGGCCAUCAACGCCAGGGAGCAGACCUAUGACCCCAAAUAGCUUGUUGUCACGGCCUCUCACCCCUAGCAACCAAGGAAAUAGGGAAAGCAGUAUUAGCAUGCAAAGAAGCAGAUCUUUGUCAUCUAAGAGCCAAAUGGGGAGGACCCUCAGUGCUGCUUCAGGGCUUUCUGUGCAAGUGAGUGGAGAUGUUGUUGGAACUGUCACUACUCAGAGAAACAGUUUAUCAGAAGUAAGAUUUUCAAUUUAAUGUUUUUGCUGUGUUUAAUAAUGCGAAUACUUGAUUGCAUUUUAUGUUCAAGUAACGUCA